AUUUGUGCAAUUAAAUUGUUCUGCAUAAAUCGUUUGUGAAAUAAUUAGUUACGUGAACAUAGUUAGGUAUAUAAUGGUUCCGGCAUAAUCUUUUGGAAGAUCUCUACACAGUCAACAAUAAGGAGUUAAGAUGGCGAAGUCCAGGAAGAAGAAGAAGCUUUUGGAAAAGACUAAAUCGCCCGAAAAUGACACAAGAGAGAUUCCGAUUCCCGGUUUACCGGAGAAAUAUCUUUGGAUGCGCGUGAGAAGUAGCACCAAAAUGAGGAACGUUUUGGGAUACGCCCUGAAGGAAUUCAAGAAUCAUCAUACAAUAGUGUGGACAGGAAGCGGAGAAGGGAUUAAUAAAGCCAUCACCUAUGCGGAAAUAUUCAAAAGGAAAAACCCUAAUUUGGGGCAGAUCACGAAAUUGAGAUGUGUCGAGCAAAAAAAAGAAACAGACCUCACCGAACAAAAGACUGACGAUAAGAAAGGACCUCCUGCUGCCGAAAUUCAUAUUUUGCUUUCGAGGAAAGCAUUGGACACCAAGGAAUUAGGUUAUCAAGCUGCAGGAGCAAUGGGCACGUUUCCAGACGAGGCAAAAGAAUCGGAAAAGCGUGGCGAUAAUCCAGAAUGCAGCAAAAGGACAUCUUUGGCAGUCGCGGAAUUCGCUGCAAUGGGCCUAAGGAUCGGUCAGAAAAGGAUGACGAAGGAGCAGUACGCGGCAAUGUCGAAAAGAAAAAAGCUCGAAAGUGAUAAAUAACAGAUCGAAGUAAAAAUAGGAC